UGUGUAUUUCGUGUUCCAAAGGCAAGAGCUGUACUACGCUCAGGCGACUUGCUUGGCCGUUCAGUGGAAGAAAAACUUCAUACAGUGCACCGAGGCAGCCAGUGGUACUUGUACUGAGACCGAACCUGAGCCAGAGGCGAGCAGAUUUCCCCGAUUUGCCGCAAUUAAAACGCAAAUUACGCGACUUUUUCCUACGGCUGCUUAAGAAGUCAGCCCUUACAUUUCCCUUGAGAGAAGUCAACCCAAACCAGAAACAAACAUGAGUGGAGAUCGCCCGAAGCGUCCCCUUUCCGCCUACAUGCUGUGGCUCAACGAGACCCGCGAACAGAUCAAGAAGGAUAACCCCGGCAGCAAGGUGACAGACAUCGCCAAGCGGGGUGGCGAGCUCUGGCGCGGACUGAAGGACAAGACCGAAUGGGAGCAGAAGGCCAUCAAGAUGAAGGAGGAGUACAACAAGGCGGUGAAGGAGUACGAGGCCAACGGCGGCACCGACUCGGGGGCGCCCAAGAAGCGGAAGAAGGCGGCCGCCAAGCCCGCCAAGAAGGCCAAGAAGAAAGAGUCCUCCGAGGAGGAGGAGGAGGACGAGAGCGAGUAGACGGUUGCAGCCUCCGCCAUGGCAACGUUUUUCUGCAUAAGUUUUAAAAUACAUUUUAUUAAUGUAAUUUUUUAAGUGACAAAAAGAGAACCCACAAAAAUGGAAACCAACAAAAACCCAAUUAAAAAAAUCUCAAAAAAAUAUGAAAAACAUACAAAAAAAUGAAUUAAGACCUUAAAUCUUUGAAUAUGCACUAAAUCCACACACAUGAGGACGCACCGACACACACACGCCAACCAACACACAGCAUGAACCAUAAAACUAAGUUAAAGAAGCGAAGAUGCCACACACAUUAUUUCCAGUCAACUGUUCUUAAUUCUAGGUUUGUACGUAUAAAUGUAUCUAUAUGUAUGACACGCCCACUGCCCCCAAGAGGGGAUUCCCCGCUCUCCCGACUCCCCUUUAGCCACUUUCGAGCGCAUCAAGUUAUUUGAAUUUUGAGUCCCUCGAUUCGAAAGCAAGAAGUUAAAAGUAUAUACAUACAUUUUAAACUAUACACAUAAAUAUAUAUUUAAAUAUAUAUUAUGUAAUUUAAAAAGGAAAACAAAAACCAAUAUUACAAAUAUGUAAUUGUGAAUGUAGAGCUGAAUGGAUAUUUAAAAAAAAUAUAUAAAACAAAAUGUGAAAAACCCA